AUGUCAAUAACUUUAAACGAGAAAUCUUGCGUUACAAUUCAGAACACGAAAUCACUUAUCAGUCUCAUCAUGACAUCAAUUAAUUAUAUUCUUAUUCUAUUGGUCGUUGCAGUUUGCGUUGCUGUUGUUCCAGUUACUGAAGCAUUUAUAAUUAUAAACGGUCAACCAUUUGCAGAUGCAUUAAAUGGAAUCGCAAGAUUGUUGCAGCAAUUAGGAAUUCUUCCAAGGAAUAACUUUAAAGAUGAGGAUUGA